UUUGUUUUCAUUUCAGAGGAAGUAUUCAGCUCUAACAAGGCUCUCUGGUUCUCACCAUCCGGUACCAAAUUGGCAUUCGGUUAUUUCAAUGACUCCAAUACACCCAUCAUGAACAUACCAUUCUACGGGUAUCCCGGAAGUUUGUCGUUCCAGUACACAUCAGCCAUACCCAUACACUAUCCUAAGAGUGGUACCACCAAUCCUACCGUGAAACUCUACUACGUGAACUUAGAGGACGUUAUUAGAGACAACUUCACACUGAUGGAAAUCGAAUAUCCCCGUCAACUUUCAUCCGUCGAGAGGAUCCUGACAGCUGUGGCAUUCCCAACUGACAACAUAGUCUCUGCCACCUGGAUGAACAGAGUACAAAAUCAGGCCUACUUUCAUCUGUGCAAUGUCUCUACUUUAAAUUGCACCACAGCUCUUUCUUAUGUAGAAUCGGAUGGAUGGGUGGAACAAUUUGACGCUCCACACUUCAGCAAGGAUGGUACAGCCUUCUUGCUGAUUUUACCCCAAAGUCAAGGGGAAGAUGGUGAUUGGAGACACCUGGUCCUGGUAACAAAUGCUACCAGCGGAAGUCCCAGCACGAUAGCACUAACGUCCGGUACUUUUGUGGUUACCGAGAUAAUAUCAUGGGAUGAAGACAGUAACUACGUCUAUUAUCUUGCUACCACCAAGGACGAUCCAGCCGUGCAACACUUAUACAGAGUGUCUACUUUGGAUUCGAACUACACAUCUGAAUGUCUAAGUUGCAAUAUCAAGAGUAACACUGACGACACCUACUGCUUGUAUAAUUCCGCCAAAUUCUCUACCGACAAUUCCUACUACAUCCUGACAUGUUCAGGACCCGGUGUACCGGAUAUAUCGAUAUACAAUAGGAAUUCAACGAAAUUGUUCACCUGGGAGAACAAUCACGAUGUUGCCAACCUAGUGAGCGGAAAGUCUCUACCUAAAGUCCAGCGAUACACGGUUUCCGUCAUGGAUGGUUUCGAGGCACAGGUGCGGCUGCUGCUGCCACCUAAUGCAGAUCUAAGUGGCAGUACCAAAUAUCCGAUGCUAGUAUAUGUAUAUGGUGGUCCAGAUUCGUACCAAGUAACGGAGAAAUUUAACAUGGAUUGGGGUACAUAUCUGGUGACCAAUAAAAGCAUUAUAUAUGCUGCUAUCGAUGGCCGUGGUUCAGGGUUAAAAGGCAACAACAUGCUCUUCGCGGGAUACAGAAAUCUAGGAACUGUUGAGAUCAUAGAUCAGAUUAACGUAACGAGACAUUUGCAGGAGAAUUUUCCAUACAUAGACAGUACCAGAACUGCCAUUUGGGGUUGGAGCUAUGGUGGCUAUGCUGCCGGGAUGACCUUGGCCAUGGAUUACAACGGUGUCUUCAAAUGCGGUAUGUCCGUGGCACCUGUUACAGACUGGGCGUUAUACGACUCCAUUUACACGGAACGCUUCAUGGGACUUCCUACCGUCGAUGACAACCUCGUUGGUUAUGAACAAGGUCAACUCUUGAACAAGGUCGACAACAUAAAAACUAAAAGUUAUUAUCUUAUCCACGGUACUCUCGACGACAACGUCCACUACCAACAAUCUCUUAUGCUUGCCAAAGUUCUUGAACAGAAGGACAUCCUCUUCAGACAACAGACAUACACAGAUGAAGAUCAUGGAAUCGCUCAGUCUAGAGCGCACUUGUAUCAUUCCCUAGAAAAUUUCUUGGAUGAAUGUUUCGAUACACCUUCAUGAUCUAGGCAUAGACACUAGAGAGACAAUCUACUUUUAAAGAUAGAGGAAAGAUACCGAAAUACCCAACUCUGUAAAUAACCUAACACUUGUACAUAGUUUUAUGUACGAUAUGUAACAUAUAUAUUAAGUGUUCGUGUAAAUAAUAGUCGAAAUACUUGACCGUUUUACUAAUUACGGAUACGAACAAUUGAAAAUUGCGAUAACAAUGCGACCAUUAUAAGAUGAAGGUCUUUGAUAAAAAUCAUUUUUUAAAACAAUUUUAGAAUAAAUAUGCCUGUUACUUCCAAAUCAAUUUCAUGAACAAAAAAUUUCUAAUAGAUAUAUCACACAUUUGUAUGCUACAUUUCUUAUUUCGGUGUUUGACUCUAUUAUUUUGACAAGACGUACAGCGGUCAACCGAUUCCUACUUUCCAUUCCUUUUUGAAAUACAUAACCGAUUUUUCCUUGUUUUAUAGAGAAAGUACAGAUCGAAAAAUUUGCCUGCGAAAGCAAUAGUUGGUUACUUUCACUGUUGAUAAUAAUGUUAUUAAUAACGUAGUUUUACACUUAAUUGGUAUAUUGAAUUCAUAUACAUCUUGGUCCUAGUUCUUUCUCUUUUAAUCUGAUAUCCCUUAUGGACAGCAUAUCUUCAAUGUUCAUCAUUGUUACUAUAGAUGUAGUAGUAUUUUGUAAAGCAGAAAAACAAUGUCAAAGUGCACAGUAGUGCAAAUAACAGACUGUCAUAGUCAUUGACUAUUGCAGUCGGUUGUAAUCCAAGGACCACUGCGCAGUUCUCGAUGGGUGGAUUUACAUGAAUUUACUAAGAUAAUUGUUACCUUUUAACCUUGACCUCUUGUACAUACAAGAUUACUUAAUUAAUGUACGAUUGAACUAGUUAAGUAUUGUUAAAAUGAGAACAGUAACAACCACCCAUAUAGUAUUACGAAGUGCUUGUAUACCCAACAAUCCAUUAUUCGUUGAAUGUAAUAUAAAUAAAGUUCUAUGUUUUAUUAAUAA